AUGACCUCGGUGUGGAAGCGCCUCCAGCGAGUGGGCAAGCGGGCCGCCAAAUUCCAGUUCGUGGCCUGUUACCAUGAGCUGGUGGUGGAGUGCACCAAGAAAUGGCAGCCGGAUAAGCUGGUGGUGGUAUGGACCCGUCGGAACCGCCGCAUCUGCUCCAAGGCCCACAGUUGGCAGCCAGGCAUCCAGAACCCAUACCGGGGCACUGUGGUGUGGAUGGUACCGGAGAACGUGGACGUUGCAGUGACCUUGUACAGGGACCCUCACGUGGACCAGUAUGAAGCCAAAGAAUGGACAUUUGUCAUUGAGAAUGAGUCCAAAGGGCAGCGGAAGGUGCUGGCCACAGCCGAUGUGGACCUGGCCCGCCAUGCGGGACCCGUGCCCACCCAGGUGCCCCUGCGUCUGCGAAUGAAGGCCAAGUCGGUGAAGGUGGUACACGCGGAGCUGAGCCUCACCCUCUCAGGGGUCCUGCUGCGGGAGGGCCGCGCCACGGAUGACGACAUGCAGAGCCUGGCGAGUCUCAUGAGCGUGAAGCCUAGCGAUGUGGGCAACUUGGAUGACUUUGCUGAGAGUGACGAGGAGGAGGCAGCGCGGCCCCGGGUCCCCCCUCCAGAGCCCGCUCGGGAGCUGAAGACACUGUGUGAGGAGGAAGAAGAGGGCCGAGGCCAGCCUCAGCAGCCAGCCGCCUGCCCCUCUAAAGCUGAGGAUGCCAGCUCAGCCCCUGUGAGUGGCCCUGUGCCCCCAGCCAGGGCCUCCCGGGACCAGGGGUCAGAGGCAGCUGUCACAGGGGGCCAGGUGGGGCCUGAAGUCCCCAGGCCCCCAGGAACCCCGCUGGAGACAAGGUCCUCAAGGCAGCCAGGCUCGGACACCAUCCCCACUCCAGCCCCUCGCUUUCGGAAAAUCCCUGAUGCCCCUCAGCCCCCAGUCCCCCAAGGGAAAGAUGAGGUCCUCAAAGCCUCAGGCACCCCCUCAGCGGGGGUGGGUUCUGCUGUGGAGACCCAGGCCCAGGCAGAGCCCCAGGAACGGACAGAGGCUCAGGCAGCCAAGCUGGGCGCAGAUGUUGAAGAUGAGGGCAGCAGACACUCUCUGGAAGAGCAGAACCCCAAGGUUGAGGAGGAGGGUGUUGAGCACAGGCCAGAGGCCAGAGGGGUGGACACCGAGCAUAGGUCGGGGGUCGGAGAGGCGGACACGAGGAGGCCAGUGGUCGGAGCUGGGGAGGCCGCAGCGAGAACAGAUGAUCAAGUUAAUGCUGAGCAGAGGUCCCAGGUGAGGCUUGUGGACACGAAGGGACCAGAGGCCACCAGGGCCAAUGCGGAGGCAAGACUCCGGGGGCCACCUGCAGCUCCUCCCAGGGGUUCUCAGGGGAAGCUGGGGGUCAGGACCAUGGGUGAGGCACCCACAGGCUUGAGCACACCCCCGACAGAGCCCAUGGGGCAUGCCAGUCAGUUUGGAGACCUCCAGAGGGUUGGGGCUGCUGCAGGCCAGGAGAGAGAGGGCACAGGUGGCGCCCCUGGUGUUGGAGGGACAGGUCUGGACCAGGGCCCUUCUGUUGAAACAGCAAGUGCCAGGCCCCAGGGGGUCCUUCCAGUAGCUGACCAGGGGGUGGAAUCUAGGAUGCUGGGGCUCUGGAAGGCAGGAGAUUCAAGCAUCCUGGGAACAGAAACUGAGAUGGCAGGGUCAGAGGUACUGAGGACCCAGGAAGGAGUAAGUUCAGGGGUCCAGGGAGCAGAGGCUGCUAGGACAGCAGAGGCAGAGAUGUUGGGGCUGCAAAAGACAGAACUGGGAGCUUCAAGAACCCUCAGGACAGAGGCUGGAACAGCAAAGCCUGAGAUGUUGACGGCCCAGGAAGUCUCGGGGGGUUCAGAGACACUGAAGAUAGCACCUGAGGUAGUAGAGUUUGACAGACUGGGGGCCCAGGAGGCAGAGGUGGGAGCCUCAGGGGUACAGGAGACAAAGGCCAAGAUACUGGGGACCCUGGAGAUAAAGAUGAUAGGGACCCAGCAGGCAGAAGUUGGAGGUUCAGGGGUCCCAGGAAUGGAACCUGAGAUAUCGGAGUCUGAGAUGAUGGGGACCCAGGAGGCAGAGGUUGGAGGUUCAGGGAUAUCGGGGUCUGAGAUGAUGGGGACCCAGGAGGCAGAGGUUGGAGGUCCAGGGGUCCCAGGAAUGGAACCUGAGAUAUCAGAGUCUGAGAUGAUGGGGACCCAGGAGGCAGAGGUUGGAGGUCCAGGGGUCCCAGGAAUGGAACCUAGGAUAGUGAGGUCUGAGAUGUUAGGGAUCUGGGAGACAGCAAGGGGAGAAUCAGGGGCUGCAGGGGCAGAAUCUGUGAUGUCAUAUGAUGAAGAACAGGGGACCCAAGAGAUAUUGUCAGAGGCUGAAAAGACAAAAGCUGGGAUUUUGAGGGUUCAGGAAGCAGAAACUAGAGCUUGGGGGACUGUAGAAACCAAACUAGAGACUUUGGUCACUUCACCUGAAGUUCUGGGGUGCCAGGAAGCAGAGGCAGAGACUGCAGGAGCACAGCACACAGGGACUAAAGGUUUGAGGGUCUCAGUGUUAGCGGCUGGGGGACUGGACCUCUCAGAAACCAAAUCUGGGAUUUUGGGGACCCAGGAAACAGAAUCAGAAGUUUUGGGGUCCUCAGAAAACAAAUCUGGAAUUUUUGAGGCCCAGGAAGCAGAGGUCUUGGGGCCCGAGAAGACACACGCAGCUGAGGGAAGGCCCCCAGAGGCCUGCCGGGCUGAAGUGCAGGUGGCCGGCAGGGCAGGGGCUGGGGUGCCCAGCGCCCCGGGGGCCUCCUCCCCAGAGGAGCCGGAAGAGGACAGGAGGCUGCCGGGCAGCCAGGUGCCACCUGCUCUGGUCAGCUCCAGCCAGUCCCUGCUAGAGUGGUGCCAGGAAGUCACUGCUGGCUACCGUGGCGUCCGCAUCACCAACUUCACAACAUCCUGGCGCAACGGGCUGGCCUUCUGUGCCAUCCUGCACCGAUUCCACCCGGAUAAGAUCAACUUUGCCUCCCUGGACCCACUCAACAUCAAAGAAAACAACAAGCAGGCCUUCGAUGGCUUCGCGGCCCUGGGCGUGUCGCGGCUGCUGGAGCCGGCUGACAUGGUGCUGCUGGCGGUGCCAGACAAGCUCAUCGUCAUGACCUACCUGUGCCAGAUCCGCGCCUUCUGCACCGGCCAGGAGCUGCAGCUGGUGCAGCUGGAGGGCGGCGGCGGUGAGGGCACCUACCGGGUGGGCGCCCCGCCAGGUCCGCCCGUCGACCUGGACCCUGGUGGCCUGGCACAGCGGCUGCGGGGGCAUGGAGCCGAGGGGCCCCGGGAGCCCAGGGAGGUGGCGAGCCGGGUGGACGGGGUAGCCCCCGCUGCGGCCCCCAACGGGGAGACCUCGCAGGAGGCACGGCCGCCCGAGGUGCCCGCCGAUGGCUCCGGCGUUCGGCCGCCCGCGACCCCGGCCGAGGGGCUGGUGAACGGGGCUCCUGGGGGCGGCGUGAGGCUGCGACGGUCGUCGGUGAACGGGGAGGCCGGGCCUGUGCCCCCGCCCCGCGCGCACGGCUCCUUCUCCCACGUGCGGGACGCCGACCUGCUGAAGAAGAGGCGCUCGCGGCUGCGCAACAGCAACUCCUUCUCGGUGGACGAGCCGGACGCUGGGGCCCCGCCCCUUUCUUUUCAGGAGGGCUCGAGCCCAGACCCCAGCCCUGCUUCUGGCUCGGCUCCGGCCUCAGCAGCCCCACCUCCGUCCCUUGGUGGGAGCUCCCCAGUAGAGGAGCCGCCUCCAAGCCCAGGGGAGGAGGCCGGGCUGCAGCGAUUCCAGGAUACGAGCCAGUACGUGUGCGCAGAAUUGCAGGCCCUGGAGCAGGAGCAGAGGCAGAUAGACGGGAGGGCAGCCGAGGUGGAGACGAAGCUGAGGAGCCUCAUGGAGUCAGGUGAGGACAAGCUGCAGGAGGAGAUGCUGAUCCAGGAGUGGUUCACGCUGGUCAACAAGAAGAACGCGCUCAUCCGGAGGCAGGACCAGCUGCAGCUGCUCAUCGAGGAGCAGGACUUGGAGCGGAGAUUUGAGCUACUGAGCCGGGAGCUGCGGGCCAUGCUGGCCAUCGAAGACUGGCUGAAAACGACCGCGCAGCAACACCGAGAGCAGCUUCUGCUGGAUGAGCUAGUGUCCCUGGUGAACCAGCGCGACGAGCUGGUUCGGGACCUGGAUCACAAGGAGCGGAUCGCCCUGGAGGAGGACGCGCGCCUGGAGCGCGGAUUGGAGCAUCGGCGCCGCAAGCUGAGCCGUCAGCUGAGCCGGCGGGAGCGCUGCGCGCUGAGCUGA